AGACAACUAAACCACACCUGCCAUUAUCUCUCAUUCUCCCUCCGCUACUUGGAUCCUUCCCUCUUUCCUCAUUUCCCACCGAUUCGAAUCAUUUCUCUCUCUUUCCUGAUCUGUGAUUUCUCAAACAAAACUGAGAACAACCCAAUAUUUUGGUACAGUAUCGAUCGAGAAUUUCUGAAAUUACUGCAUUGUUUUGUUUUUUCUUCAUCCAUCAACUGAGCCCGGUGGUGACGGCGAUCAGCGGCUAUGUCUUCAAAGACUAAAACUAGUUUGUCCGAAACUAGUAAUACUACACCGGGGAAAUCAUCACCUGCAACUCCUAGAAUAUCAAAGUUGAGUAGCAGGGGAGCAAGCAAUAAAUCCGAAACUAAUAGUAAUUCUCCAUCUACUACUACUACUCCUACUCCACAUUCACGCCUUUCCCUUGAUCGUUCUUCCCCACAUUCCAAGUCUUCUACUGAAAGACGUUCACCAAAGGUUCCUACUCCUCCUGAGAAAACUCAAUCGCGUGUGGUCGUGAAAGGAUCAGAAACGCAGACCCGGUUGAGUCAAAUCAAGGAAGAUUUGAAGAAAGCCAAUGAGCGGAUAUCUUCAUUAGAGAAGGAGAAAGCUAAAGCACUUGACGAGCUUAAAGAUGCUAAAAAGGAGGCUGAACAAGCGACUCUGAAGCUGGAUGAUGCUUUAAAAGCGCAGCAGCAUGUGGAGGCCAAUUCUGAGAUUGAGAAGUUUCAAGCUGUUGAGGCAGGGAUCGAGGCAGUUCAGAGCAAUGAAGAAGAAUUGAAGAAAGAGCUAGAGAGUCUCAAGAACCAACAUGCUUCUGAUUCUGCUGCUCUUGUUUCGGUCAGACAGGAGCUUGAGAAAAUCAAUGAAGAAUUGGCUGCGGCCAAUGAUGCUAAGACUAAGGCCUUGAGCCAAGCAGAUGAUGCUAGUAAGACGGCUGAUGUUCAUGCUGAGAAAGUUGACAUCUUGUCUUCUGAGUUGACUCGGUUGAAAGCUUUGCUUGUUUCAACCCGAGAAAAGACUGCCAUUUCAGGGAACGAGAUGGUUGCCAAGCUAGAAGACGAGAUUUUGGUUUUGAAAAAAGAUCUCGAGAAAGCAAGAGGUUUCGAGGCAGAGGUCAAAGAAAACGAGAUGAUCAUCGAGAAGCUUAACGUUGACCUUGAAGCUGCGAAGAUGGCAGAAUCUUAUGCACACAACUUGUCUGAUGAGUGGCAGAGCAAAGCCAAAGACCUGGAGGAACAGCUAGAAGAAGCUAACAAGUUGGAGAGAUCUGCUUCUGUAUCUUUGGAAUCUGUGAUGAAACAGCUCGAAGUAAGCAAUGAUAAAUUGCAUGACAUGGAAACUGAAAUCACUGAUCUUAAGGAGAAAAUCGUGACAUUGGAGACAACAAUUGCUAGUCAAAAGGAGGAUCUUGAAGAAUCCAAGCAGCGGUUUGCCAGUGCAGAAGAAGAAUUAUCAAAGAUGGAAAAAGAAGUAGAGAAUUUAAAGAGUGGGCUUGAAACUGUGGAGGAGGAGAAGAACCGGGCUUUAAAGAAGGAGCAAGAUGCUACUUCAAGAGUUCAAAGGCUUUCAGAAGAGAAAAGUAAGCUCUUAUCAGAUCUAGAGAGCUCAAAAGAGGAAGAGGAGAAGAGUAAGAAAGCAAUGGAGAGUUUAGCUUCAGCUUUACAUGAAGUGUCAAGCGAAGGAAGGGAAUUGAAAGAGAAGUUGUUGAGUCAAGGCGAUCACGAGUAUGAAACGCAAAUAGAUGACUUGAAAUUGGUGAUUAAAGCGACCAACGAGAAGUACGAGAAUAUGCUUGAUGAGGCAAGACAUGAGAUAGAUGUUCUGGUUAGUGCAGUCGAGCAAACUAAAAAGCAUUUUGAGAGCUCAAAGACUGAUUGGGAGAUGAAAGAAGCUAAUUUGGUGAAUUACGUGAAGAAAAUGGAAGAAGAAGUUGCUUCGAUGGGGAAAGAAAUGAAUAGGCUGGACAAUUUGCUGAAGAGAACCGAAGAAGAAGCCGAUGCAGCUUGGAAGAAAGAGGCCCAGACGAAAGAUAGUUUAAAAGAAGUGGAAGAAGAGGUCAUUUAUCUUCAGGACACUCUCGGGGAAGCAAAAGCAGAAAGCAUGAAGCUCAAGGAGAAUCUGUUGGAUAAAGAAACGGAGUUUCAAAACGUCAUUCACGAAAACGAGGAUCUGAGGGCGAAGGAGGAUGUUUCUCUGAAGAAGAUCGAGGAGUUAUCGAAGUUACUCGAGGAAGCAUUGUUGGCCAAGAAGCAACCGGAAGAAGAGAAUGGCGAGCUCAGUGAGACCGAAAAAGACUAUGAUUUGCUACCAAAAGUGGUUGAGUUUUCUUCUGAGAACGGUCAUAGAAGUUUAGAAGAGAAAUCUUCUAAAGUAGAAACCCUGGAUCACGAAGCUUCACAAGAGCAGAUCAGCAAUGGCUUUGAUAAUGGAAACAGUAAUGGCAAUAGUAUGGAGGAGAAAGAAGUGAAUGGAAAACCCGAGGCAGAAACAGAGAAGAAGGAGAAGAAAGAAGAAACACAAGAUGAUGACAAAGAUGAUUCUGUUGAAGUUAUAUUUAAAAUGUGGGAAAGUUGCCAAAUCGAGAAGAAAGAAGCUUUCCCCGAUAAGAAAACAGAACUAGAGUCUCAAGAAGAAGAAGAAGAUUUAAGCAAAAUCGAUGAAAGCGACAAAACCUCAACAGAGAACGUUGAUGAAGCCGGAAACGCUUUAACCUCAGAAGAACAGCUUAUGAUGGAGAAGAAGAUCAAGAAGAAGAAGACUUUACUUGGUAAAGUUGGGAAUCUUCUCAAGAAGAAAGCACCCGUAAACCAGAAAUAACAACCAGCUUCGAGGUAAGGAAAAAAAGUAAAUCUUAUGUGUAAAACAUAUAUAUCUGUAUACCUUUUUUUUUUUUCAUCAGUGUUCUUUAUAUAUAUAAUUUGUUGGUUCUUGAUUCUUUUCUUCUUUUUAUUUUAUUUUAAAACAAUGUUUUCGGAUCGAUCUUUGUUUAUAAAGGUUUGCGUUUUACUUUUA